GUGUCAAAAAGAAGUGGCAAAAAUGGGAAUAAUGUUUCAAAUUGAGGAUAAAAGAGCCACAAAUCAUCACAGAAGAGCCAUCACUGGGUUAGAUCAACUCAGAGCUCAGGAUUAGACUCAGAGUCUGUUGAACCUCCUUCGUGAAACAGUUACCUGGGCACACCUACAUGUGAAAUAAAACUACCCAAACAGCCUCUAUAAGCAUCUUAAAGGAACCGUGCCAUCCACCAAAAUGUCUUUUCAAUAGAACCAUCCUCAUCCUCAUCCUCUUCCUCUCCCUUGAUGACCUCUACAGCUGACUAGUCCUCUUCUUCCUCUGUGUCUGUUCUGCUUCAUCUUCAUGUCUAACGCCUGCAUCAGCCACUUUAGGCCUCUCCUACACUCUCAGAUGGCUGAUGUGUUUCUCACAUUGACUUUGACCUGCAGGAGGAUGAGUGAGACUAACUGGUAGCCAGGGUGUUGAACUUUCAAGGCCAGUGUUUCUGUGAACCAAGUGUGCUGAAUAAUGACGUUUCAGUUUAGUGAGAGCAGAGUUGUACUUGGAGUUAGCUUCAAAUUCUCACGCCUGUGUCCACAGCUCUGUGUUUGAGUGUUUACUGUUGAGAUGAUCUGGAAGAAGAGUUAAAACUUAACAGAUGUAGAGGAGAAGCUGCAGUGAAAAUCAGUUGGUGAUUUUGUUUAGCAGAACCACGUCAGCCAGACAACGUGGGAGAGCUUUCUGUGAACACGUUCAGAGGACUUUUAAAGGGAUUUGGAGAGUUUUUUUUUAUAAAAUGUCUCACAGAGAGAAGUCAUGACUGACAAAUCUGCUGUUUUAGAGAACUUCCUGAGCUACCACGUGUGCUCGGAGACUUUCAAAGAUCCCGUGUCUCUGAGCUGCAACCACAGCUUCUGUUCCAGCUGCCUGAAGGAAUUCUGGGAAAAAGCUCAGAACAAAAACUGUCCCAUUUGUAAAAGAAAAUGCUCAAAGGAUAACCUAAUAGUGAACUUUGGUCUGAAGGAACUAGCCGACUCUUUUGCUGGCAGACAGAAAGAUGGAUCAUCUGAGGCUGAAGGAGAGAAGAAGGUGGAGCUGGUGUGUCAGAAACAUCCAGAAGAGCCCAGAUUAUUCUGUAAAGAUGAGGACAGAGUCCUGUGUCCUGUCUGUGAGUUUUCUCUUCACCACAGUCACAAAGUGGUUCCUGUAGAAGAAGCCGUCAGUGAGGUGAAGGAGCAGCUGAAAUCUGACUUAAAGUCUCUGCAGGACAAGAGAGACCAAUACCAACAAACAGAGAAGACGUACCAUGAAAUGAUCCAACACUCCAAGAAGCAGCUGGUGUGGAUGGAGAGGAAGAUCAGAGCAGAGUUCAAGAAUCUCCAGCAGCUCCUGAAAGAGGAAGAGGAGUCCAGGCUGGCGGCUGUGAGGGAGGAAGAGGAGACGAAGAGGAAGACGGUGAGCAGAGAGAUGAAGAAGAUUCAGGAGCAGAUCUCCUCUCUGUCUCAGAGUAUCGGUGCUGUUGAAGAAGAGCUGCAGAAACACAGCGUGUCCUUCCUCAGCAGUUAUAAAGACACUCAGAGCAGAGCCAGAGCCCGCUGCUCCGUGUCCCAUCCACAGCUGGUCUCCGGAGCGCUGAUCCAUGUCAGCAAACACGUUGGCAACCUGUCCGUCCAAGUGUGGGAGAAGAUGAGGGACAGGCUCAGCUUCAGUCCGGUCAUUCUGGACCCAAACACUGCAAACAGCUGUCUCUAUCUGUCUGAUGAUCUGACCUCUGUGAGAAAUGGAGACACAAAGCAGCAGCUUCCUGAUAAUCCAGAGAGAAACACUAAAUAUAGCACUGUUCUGGGCUCUGAGGGCUUCAGCUCAGGGAAACACAGCUGGGACGUGGAGGUGGGAGACCAUCCUCGCUGGAAUUUGGGUUUGGCUAAAGAGUCAGUGGACAGGAAGGGAGAGAGAUCAGCUUCACCAAAAUAUGGAAUCUGGUGUUUAUUGUAUGAAGAUGGAAAAUACACAAAUGGUCUCAAUAAAACUGUCAGAGUGAAGAAGAGUCCUCAGAGGGUCCGAGUCCAGCUGGACUAUGACGCUGGGAAGGUUUCCUUCUACGACUCUGAAGACAUGACUCACAUCUACACUCACAGAGACACUUUCACUGAGAAACUCUUCCCUUAUCUUCAUGUUGUAAACUCUGGUGAUGCUAAAACAUCAGAAAUCCAAAUCUGUCCCCAUCAGAUGUCUGUGAUGUUCAUGGAGGGCGCCGAGGUCUGA